UCAAUCAAAAUUAUUAAGUAAUAUUGAUGGCUUCAUUCUCUGGUUUUAAGAUUACAAGCUUUCUACCACUUGUGGUGGGAUUAAUUCUAGCAUAUCAUGUAGUUAUACUAGUGGAAGCAGGUAGGGAUAUUGCUAGUAGGUUAUCCGAGGAAGAGGAUCUGGAGUUGGAAAGGCAACUCAACAUUCUUAACAAGCCACCUGUUAAAACAAUCCAUACUCAACGAGGUGUUAUCUACGAUUGCAUUGAAUUCCACAAGCAACCCGCAUUUGACAACCCUCUCCUUAAGAACCAUGAGAUCCCGAUACAUGAAACUGCAUCUACAAGACCACAUAAAACAUUGGUGAUGACUCAAAUCGAAGAGUGUCCAAAAGGAACGGUUCCUAUUCGUAGGACAACAAAAGAAGAUCUGAUCAGAGCCAAAUAUCUAUCUUCCGCAUCCAACACUGCUGGUGAUGAAUACAGAGCUGGUAUGACCCUUCAAAUAGAAGGUGAAAGAUUUUUUGGAGUCAAAGGAGUUGCAAAUAUAUGGCAACCCAGAGUAAACCCCGACCAAUUUAGUGGAGCUGAAACUGCAAUUAGAGCUGGGCCAGUAGAACAGAUGAAUGAAAUCCAAUUCGGAUGGACAGUAAACCCACAAUUGUACGGGGAUAAUCUGACUGCAAUGUUUGCAUAUUGGACGAGUGAUGGUGGUAAAUCGACAGGUUGCUAUAAUACUCUUUGCCCUGGAUUUGUGCAAGUUGAUCCGAAAUCAACUCCUGAUAUGUACCUCGUCAACAUAUCGGUUGUUGGAGGCACACAGUAUGGACUUCACAUGGAAAUUUCUAUGGAUCGUGAAACUGAAAACUGGUGGCUGAUACUCGAAGAUACCACUAAAAUUGGCUAUUGGCCAGCAGAACUAUUCCAGCGUUUAAAUUUAGGCGCCGAGUAUAUAUAUUGGGGUGGUCGUGUAAAGUCCGGACAAGAUGGGAUACCAGAAAUGGCUAGUGGUAAUCUACCAAAUAGGCAUCCCGAUCACGCUGGUUAUUAUUCAAAACUUCAAUACAAAAACCAGGACGAUAUCCCUGGGAUUCCUGAUGACAGGGUUCAACUUACAGUUGAUUGUAAAGCGUCAUAUAAUUCCCUUUGGGAUAAUGAACACACCAUCCUUCACUAUGGAGGACCUGGUGGUGGAACAUGCGCUUGAGUGCUGAACGUUGAUGUUGGGCAAAUAAAAGUUGUUGGACUAAAUAUAAGGAAUGUAUUACAUAGCAUGCCUCAAGU